AUGGUUUCUGCCAAGGAGCCAGCCAUCGCCAUGUCCUCGGGUCUCUCCAUCGCUCUCUUGCACUGCCUGUGCCUGGCGACGUGUCUCACCGGGCCGCCAGGGCAGAGCAAAAAAGAGGAGAAAUUGUGGCCGGAGAAUUUCACCAGCAUCCUGAACAGCCUCCUGGAUGGCUAUGACAACCGGCUGCGACCGGGAUUCGGGGGUCCUGUUACUGAAGUCAAAACAGAUAUAUAUGUCACCAGUUUUGGACCUGUUUCUGAUGUAGAAAUGGAGUACACAAUGGAUGUCUUCUUCCGUCAGACCUGGGUAGACAAGAGAUUAAAAUACGAUGGCCCUAUUGAAAUCCUGAGGCUUAACAACUUGAUGGUUUCAAAGGUGUGGACUCCUGACACUUUCUUCAGGAAUGGGAAAAAGUCUGUUGCACACAACAUGACAGCCCCAAAUAAACUCUUCAGAAUAAUGAGAAACGGCACCAUCCUGUACACCAUGAGGCUUACAAUAAGUGCAGAGUGUCCCAUGAGAUUAGUGGAUUUUCCCAUGGAUGGUCAUGCUUGUCCUCUCAAAUUUGGGAGUUAUGCUUAUCCAAAGAGUGAAAUGAUUUAUACCUGGACAAAAGGACCUGAGAAGUCUGUGGAAGUUCCUGAGGAGUCUUCCAGUUUAGUUCAGUAUGACCUGCUCGGGCAUACGGUGUCCUCUGAAACCAUUAAAUCUAUCACAGGUGAAUAUAUUGUCAUGACAGUUUACUUCCACCUGAGAAGGAAAAUGGGUUAUUUUAUGAUCCAGACCUACAUCCCAUGCAUCAUGACUGUGAUCCUCUCUCAAGUUUCUUUUUGGAUAAAUAAGGAGUCUGUUCCAGCCAGAACUGUGUUUGGAAUCACCACGGUGUUGACCAUGACGACGCUGAGCAUCAGUGCGAGACAUUCACUGCCAAAAGUCUCCUAUGCCACUGCCAUGGACUGGUUCAUAGCUGUCUGCUUUGCCUUUGUGUUCUCUGCUCUUAUUGAGUUUGCUGCUGUCAACUAUUUCACUAACAUUCAAAUGGAAAAAGCCAAAAGGAAGACGGUAAAAUCCCUCCUUGAAUUCCCAGUUGCUCCAAUACAAAGAGAAAGAAGACCAGAGAAUCCAGCACAGAGUACAGAUGCCAAUUCAAACGUGAGGAAAAGAACCAACGCCACAGUGCAGGCUGAAGCUGAUGGUGGGAGCCGAAUUGACACAAGGCACAGCUCCAUCCAGCCUCCUUCUGUAGCUCAGGGGUCUUCUGACAUUACACCCCACUCCCUUUCUGCAUCAAGUCCCAACCCUUUCACACGCCUCAAUGCAUCAGAGACAUUAUCUUCUGCAAGAGCUACCCCUCCAGCUCCUCCUUCCACCCCAAUUUUAACUGGAUUUGUAUCCCAGCAUGCCACAGCUGGAUCCCCUUCCAUUCAGCACUUGCUUGGAUCUAGACUGGAGCAGAUUCAGACCACCUCACCUAAUACAUUAGGAGCAUCUGCAAAGCCAUCUGCUGCCACACCACCUGCUCCCCCUGCCUCCUCCCACUCUGGCACGAGUAAGAUAGACAAAUAUGCACGCAUUUUAUUUCCUGUUACCUUUGGAGCAUUUAACAUGGUCUACUGGGUGGUGUAUCUAUCCAAGGAUACCAUGGAAAAAUCAGAAAGUCUAAUGUAG